ACUCUAGCUAUAUAUUUUUUUAUUUAUUAGGUAAGUCAUUUAAUGAUUUAUUGCACUUUUACUCAUUAUUAUUAGAAAAGAAUUGCUGCUCUAAAUUAAUGUGAAAUUGUUAGUAAUUUACAGAAAUAUAAUUGUUACUUAUACUGUAUAUGACUGUGUAGUCGGUGGCUUGUUGUUGUCUUACAGAACAUAGCUUUUGAUUUGGAAUGUUUCCUGUUAUUACAUUUCUUGAUAUCAUUUAUAUACUUGCAUAUAAAGCCAUCCGUCGUAUGAGAAAACCCACAAGUUUGAGAAGAUAUUUGGACGAUUUUGAUGUUGGGCUGGGCGUACUAUGUAUGACGAGCAUAUAAGAUGGCCCCCUGUCGGAAUUCAUACGUUUUGCUUCUGCUUACACUCUUAAUACUUUAUCUAGCUGGCUAAAAAUUGAACUAAUAAAUGUAGGGCUAAUCUUCCAUACAAUACCAUCUUUAUGGGCAUCAAAAUAUUAUUUCCCUGCAUUUUAUAUUGCGUUCAUUAAAACUUACAGUUAGUAGCUUCAUCUCAGUAGUAAAUGUUACGAACGAUCCACAAGUGAGACGAACAUGAUUUGGAAAUAAAAAAAGUUAAAGACGACCCCCUGUUUUUGGGUCAUAAUUUGCUAUUUGAAGCCUCGUCUUAUACACAAGAAUAUAUGGUAUUUUAUCAGGCCACCCUCUCACUAAAUCAUGACAAGCCCUCCCACUUGACCUUCGCACCCAACGUUUUACACCCCCCCCCCCAUUUCAAGACUCCUACAGUAGAUAGGCCACUGCUGGCAGGUGUUACUAUAUAAAUUAUAAUGGAUAAGUAAUGGACUAAUUUUAGGUAAUUAAUCCAUUAUGUGUAUUGUAUACUAUAAAUUGGUUUAUGAGUUUUAUUGUAUGCUCAAAUUGUUAUGAUGUUUCCUUCUAGGCAAUGCAACUUGGCUAAAAAAUGAAAGUUUUCCUGAAAAAUUGACCUCUGGGAGUGGAGAAUUGUCAAAGACUGCUACAAGCCAGCUACUGACAAACCCUUCUGAUGUAUUUCAAGCUGGUCAACAAAAUAAGAACAAAGAUAGACAUUAUAAAAAGGAAAGGCAUGCUAGUUCAUUAGAAGAAGAGGGUGUAUCUCAUCGACACUUACGGAAAAAGGAACACAAGCGAUCAAAACAUAGAGAGAAGAGAGCUGAUAAGAAAAGUAUAAAAUAUAGACAUGAUGAUAGCUCAGAUAGUGAAUGGAAAAGGACAACAGACUCUUCAUAUCAGAGACAUAAACACUUAUCUAAACAAGACCCCAGCACAAAAACUAAGUCCUCUAAAAUUAAUGAAAAGGGAGAGACAAGUUUGAAACUUGGUAUGACAGGUAAAUCAGUUUGGAUAGAGGAUCUUGGACCAAAGGCUCUUGAUGUUUGUUGCAUAGAUACAAAGCGUGAUCAAAACAACCUGUGUUUCGAUUCGGUACAUUUCUCUGAUGCUGCAUUCUAUAAAAGACUUGGAUCUUCCUGUCUUGGACUUAGUAACAAGCAAGAGAUCAGCUGGCACACUGGUAAAGAUGCUAAGAAGUUUAAGAAACAGAUGACUGAUAGAGGACGGUAUUACUCUAAAGAAUCUCUAAAAGAGUGGAGGAAAGAAGAGGAUAUAGUUGAUUUAUCGAGGGCAGCAACCAGCCAUGUUAAGUUGAGCGAUAUUGCUUAUAUUCCAUUAGAUUUUAAUGUAGAUGUGAAAUCAGAUUCAAGUUUUGAAACUGCUUUUAAUUCAAAUGAAGUCGAUCCAUUGAACAUUCAUGACGUAGCUACUCAACAUUACCUGUUCGGUCAAACACCUCACUCUCAAGUCACUUCUAAUGAGGUAGAGGGUAAAUCAAUGCAGGAGAGUGGGAAUCAUUGGGAUGGUUAUGUAACAAAACAAACUGCUGAUUAUAACAAAAAAUUACGAGAAAAUCCAAAUGACAUCAAACUUUGGAUGAGGUUUGUCAAGUUUCAGGAUGAAAUAGCAUCACAUGGUCACAGCAUCUACUUCAGCGAAGAAUCCGACGAUAAACGAAAAAAACUUAGCAGACUUGUGACAGAAAAAAAAAUUGCAAUCUUGGAGCGAGCGAUUGCAACGAAUCCAUCAUCAUUAGAACUGAAGCUGGAACAUGUGGAACUUUGCAUGGAAUUGUGGGAUAGCAAGCAACUGAAAGAACACUGGGAUAAAAUGAUCUUCCAGCAUCCUAAUGAUCCAAUGUUAUGGAAUGCUUACUUGAUGUUUAUGCAGUCACGGUUUUCAACAUUUUCAUUCACUAAGAUUUUGUCUGUUUAUGGCAAGUGUAUUGGAAAGCUGGCUUCAAUAAUGGAAGGCCAAGUAGCUACACAUAAACCUGUACCAAACACAGAAAGUUACUUAUUAGACAUAUUUUGUCAGUUGUGUGAGUUUAUUCGGCAGAGUGGUCAUACUGAGAAGGCUGUUUGCUGCUAUCAAGCAAUGCUGGAAUUUAAUUUAUUUGGUUCCCAUGAAAUUGAUGAUUCAACACCACAUAAUGAACAAAUAGCAUUUUUGGAAACAUUCUGGGAUAGUGAGGAGCCUAAAUUUGGAGAAAAGGAUGCUUCUGGGUGGAAUUCCUGGAUGCAGAUGAAGCAAAAGGGAGGAUGGAAGCAGGUCACCUCUCCAGAAGAAACUGAAGAGUUUGAUGAAGUUGAGGAUGAGAAAAUUCCAGAGACUUGCACUGGUAACUGGCAGGCUUGGUUGUAUCUGGAGACUGCUCGGGAGCAGAAGCACUUCCUUCCAUGGAAGCCUGAUCCAAAAAAGGGUACUACUGAAGAAGAUUGUGAAGAUCCAGAGCGCAUGGUAGUCUUUGACGAUGUCAGUUCAUUCCUUUUUAAGAUCAAGUCUCAAGACCUUCAAUUUAACCUUCUCUUAAGCUUCUUACGAUUCCUUGGAGUAAAUGUUCCUCUGCAUGGAUCAUCAAAUAACUAUGAAGUUCACAAACAUUCUUUGUAUGCUCUAGAGAACACUAAUCAGAUAUUUUGGAAAUUAAAAUAUUUCCAGGAUAUUCCAUUGAAAUCAGUUUAUCAUAAAUUUCAAAAUCAACAGCUGUCAGUUGGAGUCAUAAACAAUUGUUCUCCACUAGAAGAGAGGCUGUCCCCUGACUCCCCAACCUUGCAUACACCAUCUAGAACUGUGGCUGCACUGAAAGAAUUUGUUAGGAAUGUGUUUGCACAGUCUUUGCCACUUUUCACAAACAACAACAGAACUGAUCUUCUUCUUGUUUGGAUUAGGUUUGAGUGCGAAAACUUUGAGAUAAAAGAUGAUAAAUUGAGAAAAAAGGCCCUCAAGCAGCAUUGCAAAGAGGUGCGCAAGUUUACUAAAUGCAUCCUGAAGGAAGAGAUUAACAGGAAUAACCUUUUACUUUGGAGAGCUUAUGCUGAGCUGGAAUGGAAACUUGGGAAUGCUGAGGAAUCUAGACGAAUUAUAGGCACUGCUCUUGGAAUGAGCGGGCAGGUGACAUCAGGAGAGAAAGUCCACCUGGAAGCUAUUCCAAAUUUAGUGUACUCGUAUGCAAACUUAGAGUUGGAGUUGGAUUAUAAUGUUGAGAUAUUUAUGGAUACAACCAAAGAAACAUCAAUAAAUAAAGACACUGGAGGAAUUGAUCGACUUCUUAAGGUGUUGACAUGGCUAGGACAAGGGUCAGAAAUCUUUUCACACUCUCAGAUUGAAUCUGAUAAAACAUCUGCCUUAGAGAUCUUGAAGUCAAGGCGUGGUUUUCAAAACAAAUGGGAAGGUAAUGUGGAAGCGUACAAGAGUGUUUUCAUUGGCUCAGAUUCACUGACUCCAGUUGAUUUGCAAUACAUUGUGGAGUAUACAUGUUGUUAUGCAUGGUUUCAGUACAUCACUGUUGGUCUGAAGGCUGCAACGGUUGUUUUUGAAGAAACAUUAACUGUUAUAAAGACACACUGUGUCUCUAAAUCUAUGAUGGAAACAUACGUUGAUGCAACAACUACCACUCUUUAUAAUCAUUAUGAAAACAUUUUUUUACAUUACAUUAAGCUGGUAAUUUAUCACAUUCUCAGAAAUCCAACUCCAUUGAUGAUGAUUCGUAGUAUAUUACAGAGGGCGCUGUCAGCGUUUCCUCAUAGUGCUGUUUUCUUGCAGUUGUUCAUAGCUUUGGAGAUGAAGUCGUUGAUUAUUGGGAGAGUGCGGAGGUAUUUUGAUUGUAGCCUACAUUCAUCAGUAUCACCUGUGACCUGGCUGUACAGCAUUAAAGCUGAGUUGAUUAGAGAGGGAAUUUUAGCCAAAUCAAGGAUGCAGGUGGCUACUCAAACAAACAGCUCUGGACCAUCAAUCGUCAGCACUGGAAUAACGCACAGGAUUCGAUCCUUAUUUGAGAAAGCUGUGGCAGAACGAGUAGCCAGACACUGUGUGCUUAUAUGGAGAUUGUUCAUUCAGUUUGAGGUAUCUUAUGGAGAUAUGAAGAGGGCCAAGUCGAUAUUCUACAGGGCUCUGCAGUACUGUCCUUGGGCUAAGGUUCUGUAUCUAGAUGCUGUCAGAUUCUUCCCAGAUGAACUGGAAACCAUCUUAGAUAUUUUAAUGGAGAAAGAUCUUCACAUUCGAGUUCCAAUUGAAGAAGUUGAGAUUCUGAUGAAGUCAAAGUGAAACUAUUCAAAAGAAAUCCAGUUUGUUUUCUCCCUCUUGUUUACAAAUCGUUUACUUUUACAAUGAAAAGCUUCAAACCAUAAAUGAAAUUGAUACCAGUCAAAAAUAAUUAUAAUGAAUUUCAUGUAUCUUGCAUACACUGGCAUUAACAUGGGGUUGGCAAUGAUUCAGUGAAGGUGGAUACUUGGGUAAUAUGUAAUGCUAUAAUGAAUUGCAUGUAUCUUAUAUACAGUGGCAUUAACAUGGGGUUGGCAGAGGUUAACUGCAAGGGGAUUCUAGAGGAAUAUGUAGGCCUAAUGCUCAGUGAAUUUCUAGUGGGAGAACCUACUAUUUCUGAGAAAGGAAAUUGCCUUAACUGUUACAUACUGAUCAACAAGUCUGUGAGAAUGAUGAGUAUGGUGAUGGUGAUUAUGAUUACCGGUAUGAUGAUCAUAUUUAUGAUUUUGUUGAUGAUGAUGGCAAUGACAACUGAAAUGAUGACAUUGGUGACGGUGAUGAUUAUGGUGGUGGUGAUGAUGAUAAUGAUGAAAUUGAUAAGGAUUAUGACAAACUCAAGGCCAAAUUUAAAUUAAAUUAUUGUGUCGGCCACACCUGACCGACCCAAAUGAUACAUAAUUAAGGGUUGGCAUUUUAGUUUGUUUUUUUUUUGACAAAAAAACAAUAUUUUUUUAUGAGCUAAUAAAGCUGGAAUAGCCUUGUCGGGGCCAAGGCCAGCCUAUUUUGCUGGAUGGUACGCGAUGCGAAUCCAAAAUUGUUGUAUUAUUUGUGUAUUUUCUACAUUUUAGGCGUAAACACAUAUUUGGUUGUUAAAAAAAAGUUUUUCUUCCGACCUACCAAUUUUUUUGAUUUUUCCAAAACAU